AGUAAAGCAUUUUUAAUUUAUAUUUUAUUUGUAUUCUAUUUAUAAAUGUACUCAUUGAAGAAAUCAAGUCAUUAUUUUUUCCAGAAGCAGUAAGUAACAUUAAUUCAAAAAAAGAAACUGCAGCUGACGAAGUGGACGUUUCGAAUGGAGCAGUCGACUGGCAACGAAAAUCUUGAGAGCAAGCCAAGUGACAUUGACUUUCACGAUUUGGAGACUCUAUUGCAACAAGGUCUCGGUAAUAAUGAACUCAAGGUUAUUGAUCAUCAGACGAAAUAUCUUUUGCCAGCUGGAGAAAAUUAUAGUAGCCUUGUAGUAAAACUCGAUGCGACCAUCUGCAGAAAAGAUGAUGCCGAAAAAGAAAUCUUGCAUCUUGUGGCGAAAGCCAGAAUUCCGAACGAUGAAUAUCUAGACAGUUGGAUACUGGGCUUUAAAAAAGAGGUAUUUGCUUAUACUGAAUUGUUACCCAUAUAUAAGGAUAUUGAAGUAGAAGCUGGCAUCCCGGAAAAUGAAUUGAUAGAUAUCAUCCCAAAGUAUACGGGCCAUAGGAAUUCAUUUAAGAAUAAUAGUGAGAUAGAUAAGGAUUCUCUCAUUUUGAUGGAAAAUAUGAAAAUGAAAGGAUACUAUAACUGUGAUAGGCAUACUGGUCUCGAUUUGGAGCAUGCGACAAUAGCUUUCACGUCUCUUGCAAAAUACCACGCGCUUGGUAUAGCCAUGAUGCAGAAACGACCGUCUUUUGCUCAAAUCGCCAUGAGAAUUUCGGAAACCAAAUUUGUCGACCAAUCCGUCGUGGAAGCUUACGAUACUGUACGCAAAGCUUUCCAUAAGUAUUCAAGCUUGGCCGUCUACAUCGAUCUCAUCGAGGCAUCAAUUACGUAUAUGAUUGACAAAUUGUUUUCGCAAGAAAUUAGACCGGUAAGGCUAUGGGAUGCAAUAAGUCAUGGAGAUUUUUGGACCAACAACAUACUUUUCCACAAGAACGAUCAGAAUCGAGUCGAUGAUGUGAAAUUUGUCGACUGGGCCUUGUAUUUUCGUAUUAGUGUUCUCGCUGAUUUACCAUAUUUUUUAUGUACUAGUAUUCAAAGAACUGUUUUAGAUGACCAUUUCGAUGAUUUAUUAAAUUUAUACUACGAUACCUUCAUUCGAACACUUGAGCGAGUUGGUUGCGAUACUACAAUGUUUACUAGGAAGAGUUUCGACGCAGAACUGAAGAAACAAGCGAUCAAUGAACUUGCCAUGUGUGCACUUGCUAUUAAAUUCAUUCAUUAUCAAGUUGAAAAAAAGGAUGAAGAAAAUAGACAAUUACAUAAGAAUGUGUUUGAGAGUGAGAACGAUAACUAUGAGGUUAGUUUGUUGAGGAUCAUUGAGAUUUACCAAAGGAGGAAAUGGCUGUGAUGGAUGUUUUCUCAAUAAGAAAUCACGAGAAACUAGAUUGCAACUAUGGUAUAUGAGAUUCAGUUAAACUACUGCCAGUUUUACUAACGCAUAAAAUAUAUUUUUUAAAUAAUGAUAAAAAAAGAGCAUUUUAAGUAUCAUUUGUUUUUUUAAGAUUUCUCAUGGUUCUUAUUAUUCUUUAGGAAAAUUUCAUUAUUUUACUAAAGAUUUGUUUAGGUAAUUUUAAGAACUUUAUUGACAGCAAUCUUGGUAUGUUUUUGUAAUAAAUUUUAUAUUGAUAUUUAUUUUAAUCACUA